AUCGCGUUGGGAGGAGCGUGCGUGCGUGAUGACGCAGCAGCGCUCGAUGAAAACAGACAGCUCAGCGGCUAACGGCCACAAACGGCACGAUUAACCCGGACAGACAUUUUAAUUUAUCUGUUUUUAAUAUCAUAUCACCGCCUUCAACUGUGGCACGACAGACCUGCAAGAAAACGAGACGUGGUUGGUUUCAUCGCUGUCACACUCUGAAGACUUUUCUGCAAUGGAGUUUCCAGAUCUGGGCGAGCACUGCAGCGAGAAGACCUGCAAACGUUUAGAUUUUCUUCCCAUGAGAUGUGACGCCUGCCAAGAGAUCUUCUGCAAGGACCACAUAACCUAUGCAAAUCACAAGUGCAUGUCAUCCUACAAAAAGGAUGUCCAGGUCCCAGUAUGCCCUCUGUGUAACAUCCCCAUCCCCAUCAAGAGAGGAGAGAUGCCCGACAUUAAAGUCGGCGAACACAUUGAUCGAGAUUGCAAAUCGGACCCUGCGCAGAGAAAGAGAAAGAUUUUUACAAAUAAAUGUUCUAAAGGAGGCUGUAAGCAGAAGGAAAUGAUGCGAGUGACCUGUGAUCAGUGUCAUUUAAAUUACUGUCUUAAACACCGGCACCCUCUAGACCAUGAUUGUAAGACUGAUGGAAAACCUUUGUCCAAACCAGGACACGCUGCCUCAAUGAGGGCUCAAGGUGCUUCCUCCACCUCCGCCUCGGGCUCUAGUUCAUCUUCUUCAGGACACUCUAGACCUGUUUCUAACGGUGUGAGCGCAAACACCAGAGGACACAACAGCGGCUCCACCCAGCGGAUCCCUACUUCUAUUUCAGCACAGAAUGUAAUACCACCAUCAGCAUCCUUUCAGGCCGGCCUGACGGAGGAGCAGGCUUUACAAAGAGCUCUAGAGAUGUCUUUGGCUGAUUCGAGGCAGACGGUCCAGCCGACCCUUAGCCCUCAGGAGCAGGAGGAUCUGGCUCUCGCUCAGGCUCUCGCUGCCAGUGAAGAAGAAUACAGACGCCAGCAGCAGAGACAACAGGUACCCGGAAAGCUUAGCCGUCAGUAGCAUGCUAACAGGAGCGCAUAGAGGGGAGAGAGUCCAAACAGUCCAACUGCAGCCUUUCUUAGUCUCCGACCACCAUUUAGACGUCAAGCUGUGCUAAUUAUCUGCUAGACAUCUGGAAUAUCAAUUUCCAGAAUCAACGAUUGUUAAAUGAAGAAAUAAACAACAAAAAAAGAAGUUUGCUGAGAUAUUACCGCCUUCUACAAUAUAAGCACAUACUGUACUUUCCCAGCAGGAUCUGUCAUUUUUACUAAUGAUUUGCUCUGUACAUAUUUUCUAUGCCGAUCAUGAUAAAUCCAUUAUAUUACCAUAUAUGAAUAUUGAAUAAAUUAUUUCAAAGACGCAC